UUUGGAGGGUCCAUAACGGUCAUCGUGGUUCACCCGCUCAAAAUUGCGACAACCGCCCAAAAUCCACAAGAACCCAACCCAUGGCGUUCACCAUGGCUCUCUCUUCCCCCUCCUCCUCUUUUCUACUCUCCCACACCACCCGCCUUCACUUCCGAAGCCCCAGAAACCUCUCCACCCCCACACGACGACCUCUUUCACUCUCAGUCUCAGCUUCUUCCUCUGCUGCUCUCCAAGCCUUGAUUUUCGACUGCGACGGCGUCAUCCUCGAGUCGGAGCACCUGCACCGCCAAGCUUACAACGACGCCUUCGCUCACUUCAACGUCCGCUGCUCCUCUCAGACCCUCAAUUGGGACCCCGAGUUCUACGACCAGCUCCAGAACCAAAUCGGCGGCGGCAAGCCCAAAAUGCGAUGGUACUUUAAGGAGAACGGGUGGCCGUCGUCCACCAUUUUCGAGAAGCCUCCAGAAGACGAUGAGGGCCGAGCCAAGAUCAUCGACACUCUUCAGGAUUGGAAAACUGAGAGGUACAAAGAAAUUAUCAAGUCCGGAACUGUGGAACCAAGACCAGGAGUUUUGAGAUUAAUGGAUGAGGCCAAGGCCGCUGGGAAAAAGCUCGCUGUUUGCUCUGCAGCUACUAAGAGUUCAGUUAUAUUAUGUCUUGAAAGCCUUAUAGGAAUUGAGCGGUUUCAAGGUCUUGAUUGCUUUCUUGCUGGUGAUGAUGUGAAGGAAAAAAAGCCUGACCCUUCCAUUUAUCUUACAGCUGCCAAGAGACUCGGUAUCUCAGUCAGAGAUUGUUUGGUUGUAGAGGACAGUGUUAUUGGGCUACAGGCAGCAACAAAAGCUGGGAUGUCAUGUGUGAUUAGCUAUACAUCUUCUACAGCUGACCAGGAUUUUAAAGAUGCAAUAGCACUAUAUCCUGACUUGAGUAACAUAAGACUGAAAGACUUGGAAUUGUUACUUGAAAAUGCUGUCAUUGCCAAUUAGAAAAGUGCACUUCUUCAGACUUUCCAGCAUUGUCUUUCACAUUUGUCAUUUCAAAGUUCCUAUAUGAUGUAUUAAUUACCAUUUUCAAGCUUUAAAUGCACAGGUGUAAAAUUUUGAUCAUUAAUUGGAUUCCAAUUAAGAACUCAGGCUC